AUGACUGAAAAUCUGGAGUCAGCCCCAUAUCUUCGCCGUAGCGUACAAGAGGCAUGUUCAAAUGAAGGAAGUGAGCACGAACUAGACAGUGACUAUUCAAAGCUAUCUUCUAACGUAGAAAAAAUAUUCCCUACACAAACUGGCUCUGUUCCAGAUGCAAAUUCUCCCGUGGAGGAUAAAAUGUGUCGCAUAUGUUUUGCUGGCCCUGAAGAAGAAGAAAGUCUCGGUCGUCUUAUUUCUCCAUGUUUAUGUAAAGGAACCAUGAGGUACGUCCACGUGGAAUGUUUAAAUCAUUGGCGAUUACGAAGUCAAAAGAAAUCGAGUUUUUUUCAAUGUGACGAGUGUAAAUAUAAAUAUGCUUUUCGAAGAACAACAAUUGCAAAAUUCGCUACUAAUGAAUAUUAUAUUGCUGAUGAUUAUGAUUUCAAAUAUGAUCCAUUAUUUUUUCGUGAAAAAAUGGAGUUCUCAAAAAUAUUCAAAAUUGACUACGUUCACAUAUUAUUAGGAUUUAUGUUCGUAGGAUUUGUAGGGUUUGUACAAUUAUUGUUCUCAUUAAUGUGGUUUGGUCCUUUCAGAUUUGGCCCAACAGGUGGUGCAUCAGGUGGUAGACGUGGUGUAGAUGGAAUCACUGCUGUUUUUUUCACAAUCAUUGUUGCUGUAGGAAUCCUUAAAGCUGUAUAUGGGAUGUAUAAAUUGGUCAGAAGUGCGAGUCGAAGGAUCUUGGAGAGGGUUGAGUUGACUAUUUUGGAAGUUAAUGAGCGGUAA